GGUCGACCACCACUGGCGCUGCAUGUUCGGGCGUUGUUAGCGGGAUGGAGGGGAGACGACAGAGUGGCGGCCACUGAGGGCGCGGUCACUGGUGAGCGAUGUGCAGGCUUGUCGCAAUUACUGUUGCCAGGUGGUCAGGAGGUGGAGAUGACGCUGCCAGGGAAUGAGGCAGCGCUGACGCUGGCUCCUCAUGUUGAGGCAACCUUGAAUGAGAGAGCAGUGGUCAGGUCGCACUAUGCUCAGGGCUGUUGUGCUGCUUGUGGAUGGACGGCUCAGGCAGUGGACCCCUGGGCGCAGCACACUCCUAGUAAAGCAGCUGAUUUGUUGCGCGAACAUGUUGAUUUCCAUCAUCCUUCUGUGCCGUGCAAGUCAACAAAGCGGGGAGACCGAAUGGAGCUAAUGGCAAGGGAGGAGCAGAUGCUGAAGUGCGCCCUUUUGAAGUCAGCGGCAAAGGCUGGCAGACUUGGCUUCUUCAGGCGAUUGGCGUCGGUAGGACCCAAACCGCAUGA